AUGCCGACCAUGACUGGUGCGCUCCUGCAUGGUCGAGUUGGUCAGGAUGCGCAAGAGCGGUUCCAAAGAUUCGCCAGUGCGGCUGCAGACCUAGAUGCCGUCGUGGCGCCCUUCGUGCAGAGUGGCUUGGAAGCUCAGCGCCGCAAGAAUCUGGACAUGAUUCUUGCGCGAUCGGCAAACUUCGCGUUCCUACUCUUUGAACAGCCCGGAGUCUUCCGUUUCGGGUUUUCUAGCGAACAUGGGGGGUUGGCGGUGUUCCCAGCAUUGCUACAGAUUAUCGGAGACCAGGGGCAGGUGCUGGUGCCGUCACGCGUGUUGCUGGAAAAGGAGAUUGCGGCUUGA